AUGGUGACGGUGGUGAUGGUGGUGGUGGUCGCGGUGGUCGCGGUGAUGGCGGUGUCGUUGGCGCCGGUGAUGGUGGUGGUGUGUGCUCGGGAGCGACCCUAUCAGCUUAUGAAACCACGCAACCUUGCUCUGGAGCGACCCUAUCAGCUUAUGAAACCACGCAACCUUGCUUGGGAGCGACCCUAUCAGCUUAUGAAACCACGCAACCUUGCUCGGGAGAGACCCUAUCAGCUUAUGAAACCACGCAACCUUGCUCGGGAGCGACCCUAUCAGCUUAUGAAACCACGCAACCUUGCUCGGGAGCGACCCUAUCAGCUUAUGAAACCACGCAACCUUGCUCGGGAACGACCCUAUCAGCUUAUGAAUCCACGCAACCUUGCUCGGGAGCGACCCUAUCAGCUUAUGAAACCACGCAACCUUGCUCGGGAGCGACCCUAUCAGCUUAUGAAACCACGCAACCUUGCUCGGGAGCGACCCUAUCAGCUUAUGAAUCCACGCAACCUUGCUCGGGAGCGACCCUAUCAGCUUAUGAAACCACGCAACCUUGCUCGGGAGCGACCCUAUCAGCUUAUGAAACCACGCAACUUUGCUCGGGAGCGACCCUAUCAGCUUAUGAAACCACACAACCUUGCUUGGGAGCGACCCUAUCAGCUUAUGAAACCACGCAACCUUGCUCGGGAGCGACCCUGUCAGCUUAUAAAACCACGCAACCUUGCUCGGGAGCGACCCUUUCAGCUAAUGAAACCAUGCAACCUUGCUCGGAAUCGACCCUAUCAGCUAAUGAAACCACGCAACCUUGCUCGGGAGAGACCCUAUCAGCUUAUGACACCACGCAACCUUGCUCGGGAGCGACCCUAUCAGCUUAUGAAACCACGCAACCUUGCUCGGGAGCGACCCUAUCAGCUGAUGAAACUACGCAACCUUGCUCUGGAGCGACCCUAUUAA